AUGGCUCAUUCCACUCGCAUUUGCUUCCUCUUUGUACUAAUGUUUUUGUCUCAUGAACUACUCAGUUGUGAGGGUAGAAAUUUGAGACAAAACAUUCAGUCACCGGGCGUUGCCCCUGCCAAUGCAAUGAACAUUGCCACUAGCACAACGAAAAGUGCUAUUGUCAGCCCAAGCCAGAUGGACCGUAGCAUUAGAAAUCUUGAGGGAGAUGCUGAAGCUUUUAGGCCCACAACUCCUGGUCACAGUCCUGGUGUUGGCCAUUCCAUUAACAAUUAA